GCGCAAGGUCAUGUCGGUGUUGCUGCAGACGUCGCUGGGGGAAGUGGUCGUGGACCUGCUGAUCAAGGAAGCGCCGCGCACGUGCCUCAACUUUCUCAAGCUAUGCAAGAUCAAGUACUACAACAACGUGUUGUUCUUCAACGUGCAGGAGAACCUCUUGGUACAGAGUGGCGAUCCGACUGGCACGGGUGGCGGCGGCGACUCGAUUUGGCAUGUUUUGGACCCAAAGGCUUCGCGAGCGUUCCCAGACGAGUUGGCUGUGAAGCCGAGCUUGAAUAAGGGGUGCUUAUGCAUGGCCAACACGGGCCCGGACACGAACACGAGCCAGUUCUUCGUGACGAUGCGGGACGACGACCUCGAGCACCUCGUCAAGCACACUGUGUUCGGGCAUGUCGUCGAAGGGCUGGACAUUUUACAGAAAAUCUCCGAGUUGUACGCCGACGACAAGGGUCGUCCAUACCAGGACUGCCGUAUUCUUCACACGUUCGUGUUGGAAGACCCGUUCCCGGACCCGAAGGGUCUCGUGGAGCCGCCGUCAUCGCCAGUGGCCGACCGACCCGCUUCGGAAGUGGCCGAAAUCCGACUGAGCGUGCUGGACAAUCUAGACGACAACGACGGCAAGACGGAAGAGGAGCUGCUGGCCAUGCAGCGCGAGCGCGAAGCCAAGUCCCGCGGCGUGUUCCUCGAAGUCGUCGGCGAUAUUCCCGACGCCGACGUCAAGCCCCCCGAGGAGGUGCUGUUUGUGUGCAAACUGAACCCCGUCACAAGCGCCGAGGACCUCGAGCUCAUCUUUUCGCGCUUUGGCCCGUGCACCGCCCACAUCAUCCUCGAUUACAAGACUGGAGACAGCCUCUGCUUUGGCUUUGUUGAGUUUACAGACAAGGAGCACUGCGUGGAAGCGUUCUUCAAGAUGAACAACGUGCUGAUCGACGACCGCCGGAUUAAAGUCAACUUUUGCCAGUCCGUGUCCAAGCUCUGGAACAAGUUUCAGCGCAAAGACGGCAAGAUUUCCGCCGCCGACGGGGGCGACGACCCGACGCACUCCCGACGCGGGGAUCGGCGCCACCAGAACCCCUCGUCCCGGCAUGUGGUCUUGAAACCCCAACGUCCGCCGUCGUCGUUUCAGCUGGUGGAGGAGGCCGAAGCCAAAGAUGGGAAACGCAGACAGCGAUCCCGUAGUCAGGACGACACACGUCGGCACCACCGUCGAUCACAUGACCGGCCAACGUCACGACAUUAUAGGGAUGAAAGCAGCUCGAAGCGGCCCAAGAACAAGGACGACCGAUCGCCUCCUCGUCGGCGUCGCUCGAGGUCCAGAGAUGAUGCCAAAGACUCCCGUCGUCGACGUUGAUGAGUGGAUCCACGUGGAUAGUUAAAGUAACAACUUGUUAACGUGGAAGGAGCUACACAUAUC